UCUGAUCUGAGCUGUGCAGAUCAGUGCACAGAACUGGUCAGUUCUUUAUUUUUAUUUUAAAAUCCUGCUUUUGAAGGUAUGUAAUUUUGAUGAUUUUCCAAUGCAGUAGCGUCAGGCAUGGAUGAAGAUCAACACGCAAAUUCAGGUCCUUCUAACAAAUCACCAAAUCAAGUGCCCCAAAAGCAAAAAAAAAAAGCCAAGAGGCCCUACAAAAGGAAUAAAAUCCAUGCCCGGGGUUCCAAGAAUAAUUGAAUGGGAUCACUUGGACCGACCCACAGGGAAAUGGGCAACGGAUUACAAGAAUCACAUUGGCGAGAUAAGUCGCGCAAAGGUUUCAAUAUUGAUCAGAACCUGGGAAGAUGUUUCACAAGGAAUAAAAGACACUUUGUGGGAAGACGUCAAGAGAGAAUUUCAUAUCACAGAUGAAACUAAGAAAGAAGUUGUCUUAAAGAGUUGUGAUAAGCGUUGGAGGGAAUUCAAAUCAAGAUUGACGACUGGUUGGAUCCGGGGUACAAGAAAAAGGCCAAAAGAUGAAAAGAUGCCAUAUGAUUUGUAUAGUUAUAUAACUAAGGAUAUAUGGAAGGAAUUUGUGAAGAUACGUACCUCCGAAGAAGCUGAGGAAAUAAGUGAGAAAGCAAGACAAAGUCAAUCUUUCAACAUAUAUCCUCAUCAUAUGGGACAGAAAUCAUAUGCUGAAAUGACAAGUGAAUGGCAGAGAAAAGGGUACAUUCCCUCAGUUUCUUCGUCAUCUGAAGGUUCCUCUGCGUCUACAAUUUCUUCAAGUUUGCCGAGUAGGACAUGUUUAUGGCUUCUUGCAAGAUCGGUACCAGAUGAGAAAGGAAAUCCUUACUUGCCGGAUCAGGGCACACAAAAGGUCAAAGAAAAUAUUGAUGAAUGGAAAAGGAAACAAGAUGAAGGGGAAUUUGUUCCCAAAAGUGCACGAGAUGAUGUCUUAUCUCGUGCACUUGGUAAGACUAAAGAAGGGAGACCACUAACAUUUGGUGGUGGAGUAGGCAUCAAAGCUGUGUGGGGGACCGGAGAGCGGCGUAGCUUUCGACGGUAUGGAGAUGCGGAGAUGGAGGAAAUGGAAGCAAGAGUGACCAAAAGGGUCAAAGAUGAGACAAUACAAGAGAUGAACUCCAAGAUGGAUGCCAUGGUCAUGGAGAAAUUUAUCACAUUUGCUAAAGAACUUGGUGUCCAAAUACCAAGCCAUAUGAGGAUAGACGCAAAUGUUCAUAGUAGUUGUCGUUCCGGGGGUUUAGAUCCAUUUGCCGACAUUACGGUAUGAUAAUUUGUGUUUUUCAAGUAAUUUGUUUCUAGUUAAUUCUAUUGAACUUUUCUAACAUGUUACAUUGUAUUUGCGUUAUUGUUCAAAAUAAAUAAUAAGGAACCUGUCCCGUGCCAUCUAUACCUGAACAUAGGCUCGGAG